CUAUAACUUCGGCAGACGCUUUUAUUAAGGGAUUGUGUUGAAAGAAAAAGCUUUUUUUAUAAAGCGAAGAACAAGAGGUUAUUGCAAUCUUCAAUCCCUAAAGGAAGCCGGCAUAUUUGCAAACAGUAUUAAUUUUUAUUUCUCAGAUUUUGCGUCAUUGUUGAAUCUCAUUUGGAAAAAAUGGCAGUCUGGACACCACUUGAAUCAAAUCCUGAUGUGUUGACCAAAUACAUUCAUACAUUGGGUGUUGCCAAGGAAUGGACUUUAACUGAUGUCUGUGGCUUGGAGCCAGAAAUGUUAGAAUGGAUUCCAAAACCAGUAAAAUCUAUUAUUUUGUUGUUCCCAUGUUCUGAAAAAUAUGAAAAGCAUCGUGCCGAAGAAAAUGAGCGUUUGGCCGCCGAGGCUCAGGAUCAUCCCAAGUCGUUAUUUUAUAUGCGCCAAUUUACAUCAAACGCCUGCGGCACUGUGGCCUUGAUUCACAGUGUGGCUAACAAUGCAGACAUUAAAAUGGAAGAUGGAGCUCUAAAGAAAUUUUUGGAAAAGGCUAAAGAUCUUACUCCAGAGGAAAGAGGCAAGGCCCUGGAAAAUGAUGAGGGAGUUACUGAGAGUCAUCAGACCCUGGCACAGGAGGGCCAAACUGCAGCCGAUUCUGAGGAAAAGGUCUAUCACCAUUUCAUUGCUCUAGUCAAUGUUGGGGGUACCCUAUACGAAUUGGACGGACGUAAAUCCUUUCCCGUCAAACACGGAUCGACCACCGACGAGAGUUUUGUACAGGACGCUGCUCGCGUAUGCAAGGAGUUUAUGGCAAGAGAUCCAGAAGAAUUGCGUUUUACUGUCAUGGCUUUGACUGCAGCACAAAAUUGAAAAAUUGCAUUACUAUACCAUUAAGUCUUUUUACAUUCGCAUAAAUCGAUGAGUUUUUUUUGUUAUUUGGUUUUUUAUACUAUAUAGAGAUUUUUAUAGGUAGUCUCUCUAAACUAAAGAAUGCUAUGUGCUUUUUUCAUUUAUAUGCUUAUUCAAUGUUGUAUAAAUAAAAUAAAUGCUUAAUUUUAUAGCAA